AUGACGUUUCAUCUUCGGAAGACCGGUUUCACGCUCGUCGAGCUGCUGGUGGUCAUCGCCAUUAUCGGCAUUCUCAUUGCUCUUUUGUUGCCUGCGGUUCAACAAGCUCGUGAAGCCGCACGACGCAUGCAGUGCACCAAUAACUUCAAGCAAAUUGGCUUGGCUCUGCACAACUAUCACGAUACCCACGGUAAUUUUCCGUAUGGUUUUCGCCUGGGAAACAUUGGCAAUCGCGACUGCUGGUUCCAGCGUCUGCUUCCAUUUGUGGAACAGACGGCCCUGCAGGAUGUUUACGAAGAAUGUAUCCGCACGCCGUCAGCCGAUGGUGGCAACUUAAGCGGCGGUGUUUCGUACGUUUAUACGAUUCCGUCAAAGUUCCAAGGCAGCCUGCUCGGUGGUGCGGUGAUCGACAUGUUCAAUUGCCCUUCCGAGCCUAACAAUCCAGCCUAUUGCCGCGGCAAUCAGGUCGGUAACGACGUCCUGUGUAACGGAAGCGAUUUCUUCAAGCGAACGGCGAAUCCUCCGAACAACACCAAGGGGAUGUUCUACUACGAAUCCAGCACCGGUUUUAACAACCUGACCGACGGUAGCUCGAACACGGCAAUGGGUAGCGAAGCAAUCAUCCGUGGAGCGAACCGCGCUGGACAUAUCUACGAUGCCGGUGGUUACUGGCAAGGCGCCAAUCAUGGCGAAGGUUUCUUCUCGACACAGCAAGCCCCGAAUACAACGCUGCCAGACUUGAUCGUACGUAGCGACACCAACGACAACGAAUGCACCAACGGUCAAUGGGAUCAAAUCGCUCCGUGUGAAGACGUUGGCUACGACGACAACAACUCUAGUGGCGGCUACCGCAACUCGGCACGCAGCUACCAUCCAGGCGGCGUGAAUGUUGUGCUGGGCGACGCAUCGGUUCGUUUCAUUCCGGAAACGAUCAACUUGGAAACGUGGCGAAACCUGGGCUCGACCAGCGACGGUCAGGUCUUAGGAAGCUUCUAG